AUGAACAAGGCCGUAAUCCGUCAAAUCGUAUACGCCAAAGCUAAACCUGAAAAGGUCGAUGAGCUAUUAAGCAUCUGCCGAAUCUUGGAAAAGGAGUCCAACAAAGAAGCUGGCGUACUUGAGUAUGUGAUGCACCAGGACAAGGCUGACCCGACCACUUUUGUGUUUGUUGAAGCUUACACCAACGCUGCCGGUCUUAAAUCGCACAUGAAUUCGCCUCACUUCAAGGCCAACGGUCCUAAACUCUUUGCAGCUUUGGCCGGGCCACCACAAGUAGUCAAAGUAACAUCCGUUCACGCUCGUUUGUAA